UAUUAUUGGUGCUUGCUAAGUUAAUAAUUCUUAAUAAGCUCUUCAAAGCUAAACUGUCAUUGCCUCAGUGUAACUGCUUUCUGAAGGAGUGGCCUCCAAUCCUGUUGCAGUAGCUGGAUUGUUUCUGCUCCAUGUGAAAAGUUUAUCUUCUGAUGCUGUUCCUCUAGUUAGUCCACCUUGUGUUCAGUGAGAGAUCCCACAAGUGCCUGUGACAUUCUCAGCCCCGGCAUCUAUAAAGACCCCCGGUUUGUGCGGUCAUCAUCUUUCCUUGCUUUCCUGCUGCUGUCAUGGCCCUGCUGAGAGUGUCUUCCUACCAUAAGUUAUUUGAGGCGGAGCAGUGGAGCCAGGCUGCAGGAUGCUGUGGAGUCCAGGCCCGCUUCACUGCCAGGGGUGGAGUUUCAGUGCGUGAGUGUCCAGAGCUGGAUUUUGCUGCAGCUCGUGCCCUGAACAAGGAGGGUGUGGCUCAAUUUGUCCAUGAACGCUCUGUCAUUGCUGCCCUCAACGAUCGCCUGGCUGGCCUCAUCAACGUGGUUUGGUGUCUAGAAGAGGGGAACGAGUCUCUGGAGGCUGAGAUUAUUGAACUGGAGGAGAGGCUGGAGUCAGAGCAGAUCUCCACCAGCACCAUCAGCAUCAGCAGUCCUGUGGACUACAGUCUGGAGGCGGUGAUAGAGAGGCUACGGAAAGAGAAGGAGGAGAUUUUAUGCAACACAGAGGAGCUGAAGGGUGAACUGCGGCAUCUGCAGAUGAAAUAUGAUCAGGUGGAUGAGCACAAGAGGCUCAUCCAGCAAGAACGAGAAGAUGUUUCUGUGGAGGUGGAUGCAAUUACCACUGACUGCUUGGCCCUUCGAGAGCAAGUGGCCAUCUAUGAGGAGCAGCUGGCCGCCAUGGAGAGGCAGCAUGAAACGAGGCUGGAGAAAUUGUGUGAGCCCAGGACUCCAGAUGAAGGUUCUCCUACUGUAUCUCUGCAGUUCUCCUCCUUUGAUGUCACUCCAGCCAUCAUGGACAUCAAGGAGUACUACAGCACACUGGCUGAGAACCUCAAGUUUGAGUCCAGAGCCUCGAGCGCUGCUGCCAUUGAUGCCACUAGAAAGCAGGAGGAGCCGCUGGCUAAGUUGACUGGAAGGAAAGUGAAGGAUGUCUCCAAAGAGACUGACGUGAAUAUCCUCAAGAACUUGAUUGCAGAGCUGCAGAAAGAGGUGACCGAGCUGGAGAAGCGUGGAGAUGCGUUGGAGGCCGAAAUAGAAGUCAAGAAAGCCAAAUACCUGGAGGAGAUAGAGGAGCUGGAGAAUUACAUUUGUCAGCUGGAGGAGGAGGAGGCUGAUCUUCAGUUCCAGAUGAAGGAUCAGAGUGGGGACUAUGAAGAACGGCUGAAUCAGAAGAUGAAUCUAGACAUAGAAAUUGCUGCUUACAGGGGUUUGGUUGAAGAAGAGGAGGAGAGACUGAGCUGCUUGUAAGAUGCAAAAAGAGGUGAUGCUCUUCUCUGGACUGAAGCAGACACAAAGAAACUCUAAAACCACAUACAAUUCAACCCUUAACAGUGAGUCUCACAAAUCAGGAAAGCAAAGAAAACAGCUGUCAGACACACUUAACCUUCUGAGCAGAUGUAAACUUUCACUGACAGAUGAACUUCAGGGAGUUAGUGCAAGCUCAUUGAUAACGGGUCAGUGGCAGGUAACCCCGGGUCUUCAAGAAACACUGGAUCUGUGCAGCAGUGGGAGUGUGUUGAUCGUGAUGGGGGGUUUUCAGCACUGGAAUCUUCUACUUGGAGUUUCAUAGUCCUUGUCACUGACACACAUGCAUACCCUACCGUUCAAAAGUUUGGGGUCGGUAAAAAAAUUUUUUUUUUAAGAAACGGUACU